CUUAUGGCGACAGAACCCGGAAGUAAAGUUCAGAUACAAAUGUGACAUUUGCUGUUCGUUGGAAAGCCCUUUGAUAAGUGUGCAGGAGGUUGUCUGCUGUCCGUAUACAAGAACCAUGAGAGUUACAGAAGUGACAAGCUCUGAGAGGAUCCGUGCAGCGUUGACCAGCGCUUCCUCGGGUCUAGAGGGCUUUAAAGCUCACGCUGUCUUCCAGGAGAUCAAUAAAAAGCUGCAAGAGGAUGGAGAGCAGUUUGUAAAGAAGAUCGGAGGUGUGUUUGCCUUCAAGGUGAAGGACGGUCCAGAUGAAAAAGAGGCAACCUGGAUCGUUGAUGUAAAGAACGGAAGGGGCUCGGUUCACAACGACACGGAAAAGAAAGCCGACUGCACUAUUGCCAUGUCUGACUCUGACCUGCUGGCGCUCAUGACUGGAAAGAUGAAUCCACAGACGGCGUUCUUCCAGGGAAAACUCAAGAUCACUGGAAACAUGGGCAUGGCCAUGAAACUUCAGAACCUCCAGCUGCAGCCUGGCAAAGCCAAGCUGUGAGAGGCGGAGCAUCACGUGGGUGGCGUCUGGAAGAGCUCCGCCCACACUCGCACUCAUUAGCGUAGCUGCACGGGCGUCACUUUCUGCGCUGUAGUGUUCAGCUCGUCUCUAACAGGUUAGAUGUGAAGUUCACCCGAAAUCGACAACUGUCGUAAUUUACUCGCCCUCAUUAGUUUCAAGCGGGCUUUUUUAUUUUCUGUGUGAAUUUUUGCUCUUUUCCAUAUCCAAUUCAGACAAAAAAAACACCACGGCAUUUUAAAAGUCAUGUUUCCGGAACAUACCAAAAAAAAGAAAUAUGUUCUUCCUCUGUUAAGUUCUUCAUUUCCCAGUGUUUUUGUAAAAGUUUGAUUAAUAUUAACCUCAAUUGUACAUUUACAUCUAUGCAUUUGGCAGACGCUUUUAUCUAAAGCGUCUUACAGUGCAUUAUACUAUACAUUUGUUUUCUAAGUAUGUGUAAUCCCUGCGAUCGAACCCAUGACCUUGCUCUAACCACUGAGCUACAGGAAAGCUAAUUCCACAAUUGUGUGGAAACAACUGAGAGUUUUUCAAAAUAAAAGCAUACUGCUGUGUGACGAUGAUGUGAGGGCGAGUAAACAGUAACAGAAAUAUCAUUUUUGGGUAUUCACAAAACACUAUGAAUUAAUGUUCUUAAUAAAUUCAAUUUGAUAUUGUUUAGUUGGCCCCCAUAACAGUUAUAAUUGUACAUGCGUACAUUGAUUAUUGAUUUAUUAAAGUAUCUUCCUGUGUAUAAAUGACGUGUUAUAGCUCAGCAUGCAGCCUGUGGGUAAUUUGGGGAAAUUUCAACACACAACUCAAAAACAGAAGUGUCAACAACACACGUACUACAGUAUUCAACGCUUUAAUGCAUGGAGCCUGACUUUAAAAUAUUCAACAGCAGUAAGAGAAAGUCUCUUCAGGAUUUUCCAUCAGGUGUGUUUACAAUACAGUUUAGAUAAACACCAUUUAUUAAUCAUUUAACAGAUACAUCUUUUUUUAAUAUCCUACAGUGUUGUCAAAGCAUUGAGUGCUUUCAUCUGUCUGUGUGUGUUCAUCUCUCAUGCACCUCGCUGACUUCUGCCCACCAGAUUUGAAAAUGAUUUUGUACUAAAUAAACUUUAAUAUUUCGCAUUCAAAUGAAAGGUGUCUCUCUCAG